UAUUUCCUCGGAGGUUACGGCUUAUCACUUACGUACAUAUGUGCUUCAAGUAAAAUUAUAGUAGCAAAUUAUUUUUUUUUUUUUUUUUUCGGACGAUGCCUCGAGUUAGUUAUAAUAAACAAAUAUGUUAUUAUUUUUAAAUUUCAUAAUUUAUUUUGCUGCUUUUCGUAUUUUUUGUUCAUUAAGAAAUUGAAACCAUCAAUAUUUUCUUGUAAGCGUAAUAAGAAUGUUAGAAAUGUAUAUACUUGUUUAAGUCUUUUUUAGUUAAUUAUAAUUAUUACAAAACUUCAUCAUAUUUUAUUAGACAAUAAAGUCAUAGUGUAUUGAUGGUUAAACUCUUACUUUUUAUUUCAAAGGUCAUGUUUUUGAUACCUUGCACUUACGCAUUUUUUAAAGUGAGGAGUACACAAUUACACAUAGACAUAAAACGUUUCCGUUAGAAAUUUUAGAAGAGUGCCACGUGACACAUAGGCUUUCUUUCACACUCUUUUUAAUGUAUUUGUAUAGUAUAGAUUAAUAAUUGCUAGAUUGCUUAUAAAGCAAACGUUCAUCUCAACAAUGUCUUCACAGACCUUCCUGUACUUUAUUGCGUAAAACUUAUUAAACGAUCAUCCUUUCCUUUAGCUUUCUCAAAAAUGAUACUGAAUUUUGCUACUUAUGACAAAAGUUAUACCCUCUUAAGGCCGUUUUGGCUAAUUCUUGUAAGCUAUUUUAUCCUAUAUUGGAGUGAUGUUGUUACUUGUAAUCCUCCAGAAGAACCCAUCAAAUGCUCUUCUGGAAACUCUGACUGCACCAUUACAAAUGGCUAUGGCUCAUUCCCGGAUAGAAGCAUUUGCCGGGCAGCUAACGUCGUAUACCCGGAAAACGAGGAUCAACUCAUUUCAUACGUCAAAGAUGCAACAACGAACAAGAGGAAGAUUAAGGUCGCAACAAAACAUGGUCAUAGCUACCCAAAAUUAGUGUGUCCAGAUGGAGAAGACGGAUUGCUAAUAAGCACAAAGAAUCUCAAUAAGAUCAUAAAUGUCAACAUGACAGAAGAAACAAUGACAGUGGAAAGUGGGGUGACACUUCAACAACUUAUCGACGAGGCUGCCAAAGUGAACCUAGCACUUACCAGUUCACCCUAUUGGGCUGGGGUAACAGUUGGUGGGAUGCUAGGCACAGGUGCUCAUGGAAGCUCGCUUUGGGGUCGUGGGAGCGCAGUUCAUGACUUCGUCGUCGGCCUUAAGAUUGUUAGUCCAGGCAAUCCAGAGGACGAUUAUGUUAAGGUUCGUACACUUACUGUAGGAGAUGAAGAUCUUGAUGCAGCAAAGGUUUCACUUGGUGUACUUGGAGUCAUUUCACAGGUAACAUUCAAACUAGAGCCACUCUUCAAGCGAAGCAUAACUUAUAUCACGAGAGAUGAUGGUGAUCUUGAGGUGCAAGCCCUGAAAUUUGGUCUCCAACAUGAGUUUGCAGAUAUAACGUGGUUACCAAGCCAACACAAAGCAAUAUACCGAGUUGAUGAUCGGGUGCCCGCUACAACACUUGGUGAUGGCGUUUAUGAUUAUAUCCUUUUCCGUUCCGCGCCACAAGAGUUGUUAGAAUCUACACGGAAAAUAGAUGAUUUUGAAGAAUCAAAUGGUUGUGCCGGUUUAAAAUGCACCCGUACAAAGGCUAUCACGGCAAAUUACAACGAAAUGGCAUUUGGACUUACAAAUGACGGUGUCCAAUUCAAUGGCUACCCAGUUAUUGGAUAUCAAAAUAAAAUGCAGUGCUCAGGAACUUGCCUUGUUAGCCACCCAAAUAAUGCUAGUACUGGUUAUUGUGCAUGGGAUCCAAGAAUAAAGGGUAUAUUCGUUGACGACGAUGCGUCGAGUCUUCCUAUGAAUAAGGUGAACAAUUUCAUUCAAGACAUAAAAAAAUUGGUUAGUAUGGAGCCUACAUCAUUAUGUGGUGUAGAGCCGUACUUUGGUAUCUUAAUGAGGUAUGUCAAAGCUUCCUCUGCUUAUCUUGGAAAAGACGAGGACGGAAUACAAUUCGAUAUAGUCCAUUACAGAGCAAGAGAAGCCUCGGGUCAUCGGCUUCAUUCUGAUAUAUACGACGAAAUCGAGCAAAUUACGGCCUUCAAGUAUGGUGGGAUGCCUCAUUGGGGAAAAAAUCGCAAUGUAGCAUUUGAAGGUGUCAUUAACAAGUAUAAGGAUGGAGGGAAAUUUUUAAGGGUUAAGGAGCGAUAUGAUCCUUUGGAAUUGUUUUCAUCCGAUUGGACUAAGUACAUCUUAGGAUUGAAAGAAGGAUUAAGCACUAUUAACAAGCAAGUAGGAUGUGCUCGUGAAGGCUUGUGUAUAUGUUCCACUAAUAAAGAUUGCGGCCGUGGAUAUACUUGUGAGAAUGGUCGAGUUUACAUGGAGGCUAAAGUUUGCAGGAGAUCGACAAGCAAAUACAUUACAAACAAAUGUGGUGAUUAAUAUCAUUGAUGCCAUAAAAACAAAAAGUAGGUUAAUUAUUACACGCAACAAUAACUACCACGGUACCACCUGUGGUUGGAACUCAGAAGUUCUAUAUAUUUGUAAAAUUGAAUGGUUUUCUUUCC